AUCCUCGACCAAACUAUGGCAGAAGUAGCUCCAGCUCCCGCAGCCGCCCCGGCUAAGGCCCCCAAGAAGAAGGCAGCAGCCAAGCCCAAGAAGACUGGCCCCAGCGUCAGCGAGCUCAUCGUUAAAGCUGUGUCCGCCUCCAAGGAGCGCAGCGGAGUGUCUCUGGCAGCCCUCAAGAAGGCUCUGGCUGCCGGAGGUUACGAUGUGGACAAGAACAAGGCCCGCGUUAAGACCGCCGUCAAGAGUCUGGUGACCAAGGGGACUCUGGUCCAGACCAAGGGGACCGGGGCCUCCGGCUCUUUCAAGAUGAGCAAGAAGGCUGAGGCCAAGCCCGCUAAGAAAGCCGCUCCUAAAGCCAAGAAGCCCGCCGCCAAGAAACCCGCUGCAGCUAAGAAGGCCAAGAUAGCAGCCGCUAAGAAAUCCCCCAAGAAGGUCAAGAAGCCCGCAGCGGCCAAGAAAGUAGCCAAGAGCCCCAAGAAGGCCGCUAAGAAGCCCGCCAAGAGCCCCAAAAAGGCCGCAAAGAGCCCCAAGAAAGUGGUGAAGAAGGCUCCCGCAGCCAAGAAAGCCCCAGCAAAGAAGGUGGCCAAGCCCAAGGCAAAGAAGGCAGCACCCAAGAAGAAGUAAACUUUCAUCACUCUGAAGCCCUCAACCUCAAAGGCUCUUUUAAGAGCCACACACCUUUCUAUAAAGAGCAUAUUCCUAAUUGUGUUUUUAUAGUAUAGUAGUUUCUCUUCAGUUGCAUGAGUUAUGAUCUAAUG